ACGCUGCAGGUCAGCCUGAGGAAGAGUCGGGACAAAUGAGAGAGGGUCUGUUCGCCCUGCAUCAGCGGCGAGGGGCCAUCAAACAAGCCAAAGUUCACGUUGUCAAAUGUCACGAGUUCAGCGCCACCUUUUUCCCUCAACCCACCUUCUGCUCCGUCUGCAAAGAGUUUGUCUGGGGUCUAAACAAGCAGGGGUACCAGUGCAGACAGUGCAACGCAGCUAUUCACAAAAAAUGCAUAGACAAGGUUAUCGCCAAAUGCACUGGUUCCGCCAUCAACAGCAAAGAAACAAUGAUCCACAAGGAGCGCUUCAAGAUCGACAUGCCGCACAGGUUUAGAGUGUACAACUACAAAAGUCCAACGUUCUGUGAACACUGCGGUACUCUGCUCUGGGGGCUCGCCAAGCAGGGGCUCAAAUGUGAGGAAUGCUGCAUGAACGUCCAUCAUAAAUGCCAGAAGAAAGUAGCCAACCUAUGCGGGAUCAACCAGAAACUCAUGGCUGAAGCUCUGGCCAUGAUCGAGACUAAACAGCAGGCCAGAAGCUCCAGGGACACUGAAAUGGAAAUCAUCGGCAGAGAGGGUCCAGUCAGUGUCGACCAGCCGGGGGUUAUCAGAGCUCCGUCUGGGUUAGUAACGUCCACAGCUACACCUGCAAACAAAGAGAUGCAGGGUGUUUCAUGGGAAGGACCGGCAGACAGGAGCAUCACUGAGGCGCUGAAAGAAGAAGAGCCUCUGUACGCCGUCCCAAAGAAGGACCAACCCAGAUUCACCGUCAAUGACUUCAUUCUGCACAAGAUGCUCGGGAAAGGCAGCUUCGGCAAGGUAUUUUUAGCCGAGCUGAAGAGAAGUGGGAAUUUUUACGCAGUGAAGGCUCUGAAGAAGGACGUGGUGCUGAUGGACGAUGACGUGGAAUGCACCAUGGUGGAGAAGAGGGUCCUCUCUUUAGCCUGGGAAAACCCUUUCCUCACACACCUUUACUGCACCUUCCAGACCAAGGAAAACCUGUUCUUUGUCAUGGAGUAUUUGAACGGAGGGGAUCUCAUGUUCCAUAUCCAGAGCUGCCACAAAUUUGAGUUGCACAGAGCCACAUUCUAUGGAGCAGAAAUCAUCUGUGGGCUUCAGUUCCUGCACUCCAGAGGAAUAAUUUACAGGGAUCUGAAGCUGGAUAAUGUGCUGCUGGACUCUGAAGGUCACAUAAAGAUCGCAGACUUUGGCAUGUGUAAGGAGAACAUGCAGAACGACACCCUGACCUCCACCUUCUGUGGGACGCCUGACUACAUAGCUCCUGAGAUACUGCUGGGUCAGAAGUACAACAGCUCAGCAGACUGGUGGUCAUUCGGGGUUCUGCUCUACGAGAUGCUGAUCGGGCACUCUCCAUUUCACGGCCAAGACGAAGAGGAGCUGUUUCAGUCUAUACGGACCGACAACCCCUUUUAUCCCCCCUGGCUCUCCAAAGACUCCAAAGACCUUCUGAUCAAGCUGUUUGUGAGGGAGCCUGAGGAGCGCCUUGGACUGAAGGGAAACAUCCGACAGCACAAGUUCUUUAGCAGCACCGACUGGAACAACCUGGAACAACGCAAGGUGGCACCGCCCUUCAAGCCAACUAUAUCAUCCCCCAGUGACUGCAGUAACUUUGACAAAGAGUUUAUCAACGAGAAGCCACGACUGUCUUGUGCCGACCGUACGCUCAUCAACAGCGUUGAUCAGACGAUGUUCAAGAACUUCUCCUUCGUGAACCCGGGGAUGGCCCGCCCGGCAGCACGCUGAGCACUGGACAAAACAACCUACUACAUUACAAACAAGUCGCUCACACACAACCAGCACUUACUGAAACUGAAAUGGACUGCAGAGACUUUAGACUGUGAAUGUCACAAAACUCAACUGUAUCUGUAAUUAUGAUGAUAACCACUAAAGUGUGUGUCCUCAGUGUAAGUCACAGACAUGGCUACUAUGACAGUAUAUGGGUCUUAACUCUUAAGUCUCUCCAUUUAAAAUAGUGUUAAAAUAAAACUAAAAUAUCCACAAAAAGCCUUUGGUAAUCUCAUCUUCUGGUAUCAGACAAAGAGGCCCAGAACACAUACCAAGAAGUCCGUUAUACUCACACACAAUUCAUCAAGUGGCAUAUACUGUAUAUCACCUAUAAAUCUUGCCUUUGCGCUCAUGAAGGUGUGUUUCUAAAUAAAAAGGUGUUGUAAAAAUCUUACGGAGCUUCGUAGUAAUAUGUGAGGGUAAAGUUCUUAAAAUAAAAGCAAACAAAACAUGUGGUUACAGAUAAUUAGUGUUAUUGUUUUCUUUCCUGUCUUAUUCCCUAGCCUGAUGAGUAUUUUACCUCCAUGUUCGAUACAGAUGUUAAAAUGUGUUGUGUAAAUAAAUGUAACGUCAUUCUGUCGAUAUACUGGACUGUCAGUUGGAUGGAUAUACGUUAGUGUGUAGCAGGAUUUAGUUUACAUGUAUUUUCUUAUUGAACCUCAGGAGGUUUUAUUGAUGCUAUAUUUUGGAUCAGGUACUUAGAUCAGCUGCAUACUGUAGUUGUUAUUGUUCUAUUCAUUGUGAAUCAUGUCUAAUAAAAUAUGAGGUUUGUA